AUGCUGAUAUGUGAUGGCCCAUGUCAUGGUAUUCUCGACUACACAAAAAUGAUGGAAUAUCCGGAUUGUGGUCAUAGGAUAUGCAAAUGGUGUCAGUUUAACUCACUCAGUGUUCCGAAUGCUGAUGCUUCAUCAGAUAAAACCGUGCUGGUCGCUAGACAGAGGCUGAUUACCUGGGCACUAGAUGUUUUCACUGAUUCAGGAUCUCCUGGCUGUUGCGUGUCGUCAUGUGUUCGUCAGACACUCAUCAAUCGAGUUCCACUCGACAAAUAUCGACAUGAAGCUCAGGCACAUGGCACUCCCUUUGUUGGAGUAAAGCAGUCAUCGACAAGAAUCACUCCCACAGCAUGCCGAUCGCCAGGUACGUUUAGAAUAGUGCCGACAGAGUUGCUCGAUGUCAGGAUCCUUAUAUUGGGAAAGAACGUACUUUCAGGAUUGGCAGCGAAUGCCUGUGUUUGGCGUAGUUUCAUAUCAGCUUCACUCAGUGGCCCAGAUGGCAAUGGUGAUCUCAUUGAUGAGUACAUACUGUCGACGGAUUCCAUUGUUCGAUCAGUCAUCAUCGAACCGGUAAAGUCACAUGACUGA